GAAGAAGCGGCACAGUAUAGAAUAAAGUCAUACAGAGCACACUGAACCUCUGUCACGAUGGGGAACUGGGCUGUGAAUGAGGGGCUCUCCAUCUUUGUCAUUCUGAUGUGGCUGGGGAUGAAUGUCUUCCUCUUUGUCUGGUACUACCGAAUUUAUGAUGGUCAAGAUAAAUACUUUUACACUAGAAAACUCCUUGGGUCAGCACUGGCCCUGGCCAGGGCCCCUGCAGCCUGCCUGAAUUUCAACUGUAUGCUGAUCCUGCUGCCAGUCUGUCGAAAUCUGCUAUCCUUCCUCCGGGGUUCCAGUGCGUGCUGCUCAACAAGAAUUAGAAGACAACUGGACAGGAACCUUACCUUCCAUAAAAUGGUAGCAUGGAUGAUAGCACUUCACUCUGCAAUUCAUACCAUUGCACAUCUAUUCAAUGUGGAGUGGUGUGUGAAUGCCCGAGUCAACAAUUCUGAUUAUUAUUCCAUAGCACUGUCUAACAUUGGAGACAAAGAGAAUGAAACUUAUCUCAACUUUGCUCGAGAAAGAAUCAAGAACCCUGAAGGGGGCCUAUAUGUGGCUGUGACUCGGUUGGCAGGAAUCACUGGAAUUGUGAUCACAUUGUGUCUCAUAUUAAUUAUUACCUCUUCCACCAAAACCAUUCGGAGGUCUUACUUUGAAGUGUUUUGGUACACACACCACCUCUUUGUGAUCUUCUUCAUUGGUCUUGCCAUCCAUGGAGCUGAACGAAUUGUACGUGGGCAGACUGUAGAAAGUUUGAAUGAGCACAAACUAGUACAAUGUAAUCAAAGUAUCUCCCAGUGGGGAAAAAUAAAGGACUGUCCAAUACCAAAGUUCUCUGGGAAUCCUCCUAUGACUUGGAAAUGGAUAGUGGGCCCCAUGUUCCUGUAUUUCUGUGAGAGGUUGGUACGGUUCUGGCGAUCUCAACAGAAGGUGGUCAUCACCAAGGUUGUCACCCACCCUUUCAAAACCAUUGAGCUACAGAUGAAGAAAAAGGGAUUCAAGAUGGAGGUGGGACAGUAUAUUUUCGUCAAGUGCCCUGACGUGUCCAAGCUAGAGUGGCAUCCUUUCACACUGACUUCUGCCCCAGAGGAAGACUUCUUUAGCAUCCAUAUUCGCAUUGUUGGGGACUGGACAGAGGGGCUGUUCAAUGCUUGUGGCUGUGAUAAGAAGGAAUUUCAAGAUGCCUGGAAACUACCUAAGAUUGCAGUUGAUGGGCCCUUUGGGACAGCCAGUGAAGACGUGUUCAGCUAUGAGGUGGUGAUGCUAGUGGGAGCUGGGAUUGGGGUCACACCCUUUGCGUCCAUUCUCAAGUCAGUCUGGUAUAAAUAUUGCAAUAAUGCCACCAAUCUGAGACUAAAGAAGAUCUAUUUCUACUGGUUGUGUCGGGACACACAUGCUUUUGAAUGGUUUGCAGAUCUGCUCCAACUUCUGGAAACCCAGAUGCAAGAAAGGAACAAUGCUGACUUUCUCAGCUACAACAUUUACCUGACAGGCUGGGAUGAAUCUCAGGCUAAUCACUUCGCUGUACAUCAUGAUGAGGAGAAAGAUGUGAUCACAGGCCUGAAACAGAAGACUUUGUAUGGGCGGCCCAACUGGGAUAAUGAGUUCAAGACAAUUGCUGGUCAACACCCUAAUACCAGAAUAGGAGUUUUCCUCUGUGGACCUGAAGCAUUGGCUGACACACUCAGUAAACAGAGCAUCUCCAACUCUGAGUCUGGCUCUCGAGGAGUACAUUUCAUUUUCAACAAGGAAAACUUCUAACUUGUCUCUUCCACAAGGAAAUAAAUACAAGUUGUGCUGCCAAAUUACUAAAUAAUGCUGGUUGUUAACACAAGUUCCUGCCCCUAAGGGAGAAAAAAAGGCAGGAAAGGAAACAUAAAUGUUGCAUUGAAAGGGAUGCCAAAGAUUGUCUGCUAGUGAUCAGUUACAUGUAUAUGCUUUUUAGUUUUUAGAGCACUUGUACAAACAUUAUUUCAUUUUAACUCUCUCCUUUGCCAGAAGACCAUAUGGCGAGGAAUCCUGGAUUCAUUUUUAGGAUAAUAAAAGGGGGUGUUCCAAACGUUCUGUGGCUUCCUUAAGAUUAUGAAGCCAAGAUUAGAUUUAGGUUACUUGACUCCAGGUUUGGUAAUCUGUCCACAACACCAGGCUACCUUAAAUUUGUUUUUAGAAUCCUAACACCCCAAAAGAGGAUUUUAUCAUUUCCCAUUUGAUGUUAUCUUUGUUCUUGUUAUUGGCUUUUUGAAGAUUUUUUUUUCAGACAGGAGAUAAUAUGUGCUGAAGGUGACCUUAAUACCUGCUAGUGACAAUAUUCACAUAUCACAAUAUUCUAGCUUACCCAUAUAGUGGGCCUAACUGAGUUAGAGAAAAUAUCUACCAAAGAAUACUAGACUUAUUGGAGUUACUGUAGUACUCAGCAUUUACCAUGGUGCUUGGCAGAGUGGCUACUGAAGGAGUUUGUUGAAUGAAUGAAUUAAUGAAGAAUGACAUGUAGAACUAUACAAUUCUAGAACAGAGUUAAUUUAAAGCCUUAGUGAGAAUUUCCUAAAGUAAUAAUGUCUGCUAUGCAUGGAGACCAAAGGAUGGUGACUUCAUCAGAAGUACAGAAAAUGUUUAGAAUAUUAAUCAAUAUGAAAGCCAGGAAGGCUCCUCACAUUUUUACAUGAGGGAUGGAGAAUGAAGGAUGAAAGCAGAGGAAGGACCUCCUCCCUUAACACUGGCUCUUCUAAUCCUAUUCUCUGAGCUAUGAAAGAAGAGCACACUUGUGUGCUGCUAGAAAUGGUAUCCUGCCGGCCCUUGAAAGUUUUAUAUUUAAGAAUCUUAACAAAUAUGUAUCUGAUGAUCUACAUCAGGCUGAGAGUCCAUCUCUAGUUUAACUUAGAUAUCAACACAAGUGGUUUGUGUAUGUAUGGCUGAUGGUUUGAUUUUAUCAUCAUUGCCCUCAUCCUCAUCAUUACUUUCCUGAAAUAUAUAUCCUAGAUGAACCUCCCCAGAUAAGCAUGUAGAUAUUAAACUCACACCCAAAAUAAUGUUCUGGAUAUCAACAGAACAUGACUAAAUCACUACCACUUUAUUUGCCCUAUCCACAGGUACUUAGAAAUAUUCAGCCUUGGUAAGAUCAGAAGACUUGUGAGGGGAAAGGGAAGAAAAGUGAGGGAAAGGAGAAUGAGAGAAAGCAAAAUAGAGAAGAGAAAGCAGGGGGAGAAGGGGAGAGCAGGUCUCAAAUUGGUCACUUCCAAUCCCAGAUUUCUCAAUUUGUAUGUACUGCUUCUAAUCAAAGAAGGCAUGGAAAUUUCAUUUUAUUU